AAGUUCCUACACAGAAAUUGGACAACAAAACAAGGCUGCCAAAGCUAAGUUCAAAUUGCAUAAGGCAAACGAGAAGUACACAAAAGUGUGGGAAAAGGAACUCAAAGAAAGUGGACAGCAGACAAACAAAGAACAAGAGAAUCUGUCGAAAACAGGGAGGCAGGUAAUAAAAUGCAAAGCAGCUGUGCUAUGGGAUGUAAAAAAACCCUUUUCCAUUGAGGAGGUGGAGGUUGCACCCCCCAAAGCCAACGAAGUUCGUCUUAAGGAUGUUUGUAAAACCCCUAGCCAUGUUGUUUCCCAGGUUUUACUUGAUCUGUUAAUACUUGGGUAGAAAUUUAAGAAUGUUUUUUAUUCCCCUCCAGGUGAUAAAGUCAUCCCGCUCCCUGUUCCCCAGUGUGGAAAAUGUGCAGUUUGUAAACACCCAGAAGGCAACUUCUGCUUGAAAAAUGAUGUGAGUGUACCUCGGGGGACCAUGGAGGAUGGCACAACCAGGUUCACCUGCAGAGGGAAGCCUAUCCACCACUUCGUUGGCACCAGUAGCUUCUCUGAGUACUCGGUGGUGGAUGAGAUCUCAGUGGUCAAGAUCGAUCCAGCCUCGCCUCUGGAGAAAGUCUGCCUCAUCGGCUGUGGGUUUUCUACUGGUUACGGGUCUGCCAUCAAUGUUGCCAAAGAAAUGAGUGGUGGAGGUGUGGACUUUUCAAUUGAAGUCGUUGGUCGGCAUGACACUAUGGUGUCUGCCCUGUCAUGCUGUCAUGAGGCGUAUGGUGUAAGUGUAGUUGUAGGUGUACCUCCCGGUUCCCAAGAGCUCCAGAUGAACCCUAUGUUGCUGUUGACUGGACGCACCUGGAAAGGAGCAGUUUUGGGUG